GCGGCCUGGCCAGCGGGAGUGGGCUCACCUGCCGCAGGUGCUCUGGGCGGACGCGACCUGGACGAGCGCGGACGGGCACUGCGGGAAGAUGCUGCGCGAGCGGACCGUGCGGCUGCAGUACGGGAGCCGCGUCGAGGCGGUGUACGUGCUGGGCACUUGCCUCUGGACCGAUGUCUACAGCGCAGCCCCAGCCGAGGCCCAGACCUUCAGCCUGAAGCACUCAGAGCGCGUGAGGGUGGAGGUGGUGCGUGACGGGCAGGCCGAGGAGGUGGCCACCAACGGCAAACAGCGCUGGCUUCUGUCGCCCAGCACCACGCUGCGGGUCACCAUGAGCCAGGCGAGCGCCGAGGCCAGCAGUGACAAGGUCACCGUCAACUACUACGAGGAGGAGGGGAAUAUGCCCAUUGACCAGGCGGGGCUCUUCCUCACGGCCAUUGAGAUCUCCCUGGAUGUGGAUGCCGACCGGGACGGCGUGGUGGAGAAGAACAACCCAAGAAAGGCAUCCUGGACCUGGGGCCCUGAGGGCCAGGGGGCCAUCCUGCUGGUGAACUGUGACCGAGACACGCCCUGGCUGCCCAAGGAGGACUUGAACGAUGAGAAGGUCUACAGCAAGGAAGACCUCAAGGACAUGUCCCAGAUGAUCCUGCGGACCAAAGGCCCUGACCGCCUCCCUGCCGGCUACGAGAUAGUUCUCUACAUUUCCAUGGCCGACUCGGACAAAGUGGGCGUGUUCUACGUGGAGAACCCAUUUUUCGGCCAGCGUUACAUCCACAUCCUGGGCCGGCGGAAGCUCUACCACGUGGUCAAGUACACGGGCGGCUCCGCGGAGCUGUUGUUUUUUGUCGAAGGCCUGCGUUUUCCCGACGAGGGCUUCCCAGGCCUGGUCUCCAUCCACGUCAGCCUGCUGGAGUACAUGGCCAAGGAGAUUCCCCUGACACCCAUCUUCACGGACACCGUGAUAUUCCGGAUUGCUCCGUGGAUCAUGACCCCCAACAUCUUGCCUCCCCUGUCGGUGUUCGUGUGCUGCAUGAAGGACAAUUACUUGUUCCUGAAAGAGGUGAAGAACCUGGUUGAGAAAACCAACUGUGAACUGAAGGUCUGCUUCCAGUAUGUAAACCGAGGUGACCGCUGGAUCCAGGAUGAGGUUGAGUUUGGCUACAUAGAGGCCCCCCACAAAGGCUUCCCCGUGGUACUGGACUCCCCCCGAGAUGGAAACCUGAAGGACUUCCCGGUGAAGCAGCUUCUGGGCCCAGAUUUUGGCUACGUGACCCGGGAGCCCCUCUUUGAGCCUGUCACCAGCCUUGAUUCCUUUGGGAACCUGGAGGUCAGUCCACCAGUGACUGUGAACGGCAAGACAUACCCGCUGGGCCGGAUCCUCAUCGGGAGCAGCUUUCCUCUGUCCGGCGGUCGGAGGAUGACUAAGGUGGUGUGGGACUUCCUGCAGGCCCAGCAGGUGCAGGCGCCUGUGGAGCUCUACUCGGAUUGGCUGACCGUGGGCCACGUGGACGAGUUCAUGACCUUCGUCCCCAUCCCGGGCACAAAGGAAUUCCGGAUGCUCAUGGCCAGUACCUCAGCCUGCUACAAGCUCUUUCGAGAGAAGCAGAGGGAGGGCCACGGGGAGGCCAUCAUGUUCAAAGGCUUGGGCGGGAUGAGCAGCAAGAGAAUCACCAUCAACAAGAUUCUAUCCAAUGAGAGCCUCAUGCAAGAGAACCAGUACUUCCAGCGUUGCCUGGACUGGAACCGUGACAUCCUCAAGAAGGAGCUGGGGCUGACGGAGCAGGACAUCAUUGAUCUGCCCGCUCUGUUCAAGAUGGAUGAGAACCGCCAGGCCAGAGCCUACUUCCCAAACAUGGUGAACAUGAUCGUGCUUGACAAGGACCUGGGCAUCCCUAAGCCGUUCGGGCCCCAAGUGGAGGAGGUGUGCUAUCUGGAGAUGCACGUGCGCUCCCUGCUGGAGCCCCUGGGCCUCUGUUGCACCUUCGUGGAUGACAUCUCCGCCUACCACAAGUUUCUGGGGGAGGUGCACUGCGGCACCAAUGUCCGCAGGAAGCCCUUCUCCUUCAAGUGGUGGCACAUGGUGCCCUGAGCUGCGGGGGGGCUGUGCUGUGCGGGUCUCAGCCUGUCGCUAGCCAAGAUUGUGGCGGGACCGGCCCUCGUGGUUCUUAGGAUUGCAAGACGCCCUUCAGCAAUAAUGGUCAGGAAACUUGGGGUGGGGGGGGAAGGAUGAUUAUUUCCAGGACCUGGAAAUUUUGCGGCAUACCUGGGGCCACACAGCAAAGUCGCAGGGAGAGAGAGAUGGCACAGGCCUGGGGUUCUGCUUUUUGGGGGG